UCUAUCGAGACGGACUCUACAAUGAAGAUCUCCACCUAUCUCGGUAUUGCCUUGGCCGGCAGCACUAGCGCCAAGUUCAUGGAGAACGAUCACCUUGCUGCUGAAGGCAUGACGAAGCUGGCGAUUCAUUUAACUAAGAACGGCAUCCCGAGCCCUGGGACUUGUACAUUGGACAAAGUGUCGGUUCGCAGGGAGUGGGCAACACUAUCCCGCAAAGAGAGAAUUGCCUUCACCGAUGCUGUCAACUGCCUCCACAAGCUCCCUGCAAGGACACCAGCUUCUGUCGCUCCUGGUGCCAAGAGCCGUUACGAUGAUCUAGUCGUCACCCACAUCCAGCAGUCGCUCACCAUCCACGGCACAGGCAACUUCCUAACAUGGCACCGCUACUUCACCUGGGUCUUCGAACAAAUGAUCAGAAAAGAGUGUGGCUACAAAGGCACUUUCCCUUACUACAACUGGGCACACUACGCUUCUGACCCAAAAAGCGGCCCCUUCUUCGACGGCAGUGCCUCGAGCAUGUCCGGCGAUGGCAGUUACGUCCCCGGGCGCAACUCAUCUUGUUUCCCGUGGGAUGGCAUAGCUGGGCCGUGCUACAUGCAUCUAGCACCAGGCUCAGGCGGUGGAUGUGUAACAUCUGGUCCAUUUAAAGAUUUCAAAAUCAACAUGGGACCUUUACAAACUAUGCUCCAGCUUCCAGGCGGGGGUCUACCAAAGAACCCACAGGCCAACGGGCUAGGCUACAACCCGCGGUGUCUCCGCCGCGAUAUCUCGCUGCAAGCUGCGAAUGCGACGACAGACUCGGAAGUCGUACGGCUCAUCAAUAAUUACACAGAUAUCGCGACGUUUCAGAGAGAGUAUCAGGGCGCGUUUGCAGAGGGCCGCAUGGGCGUGCAUACUGGUGGUCAUUACACAAUUGGCGGAGAUGCGGGCUCGGAUUUCUACAAUAGUCCUGCUGAUCCGGCGUUUUAUCCUCACCACGGCAUGAUUGAUCGUGUGUGGUGGACCUGGCAGAAUCUCGAUCUUAAGAACCGUGAAAGAGCGCUUGCUGGAAGUGCAGGUGGUAUCGGGGAUACGACGGCGAAGAAUGCUACGCUAGGGGAUGCGUUGUCCGUGGGUGAGUAUGUAGGGUAUCCGAACAUUACGAUUAGAGAUGCGAUGAGUACGGUUGGGGGGCCGUUUUGCUAUAUUUAUGCUUGAAGCUGGGUGCAAGUACUUUAGCACCAGGAUUGAGUAAUAUGAUAGAAGACCGAGUAGUCGGAUAUAUCCGUCAUUUGAGCAUAACGAAUACGUAAUACAGCUCACCAAUUCCCCCCCCUUCUUCAAACAUAACAAACGACACAAAGAAAAAAACUUAAUUAUGUCCUUACAUCUCUCGAAUGUUUCAGGUCGUAUUCACUUUCAUACCACUUUGAUCAAACACCUCUCUCUCUCUCUCUCUCCCCUCACACUCCUUGCCCUCAAGCCAACUCCACCAGAGGAAACAAGAUGCAAUCCAUCCCUCUAUACGAAGAAAAGAAAAGAAAAGAAAUGAAGAAGGAAAAAAAAGUUUAGAGAAAAGCGGUGCCCCUCCGUCACCCAAUCUCACUUAUCCCCACCCGUCACCACACCAAUCGACCACAACAAUAAGGUUGCUGAGAUCCAAACAUCCAUACCAAAACAAGCCCUCACAUUACAUA